AUGGUGACGUCCUUCAGCGUCGUGUAUCGUAACCAAACGUAUAGACAUGGUCUCUCAAGUCCACGUGUUCGUGAAUGCGUGAAGGCAUGGAACGUUACUGCCUCACCUGCGCUGAGCCUUCCACGCUUGAACAUUUUCCCUCGCGCUCCGCGAGGACUACGUGGUGGUGUCAUCUUAUGCCCGUACGCUAUCUGCGUCAGCUCGAGAGACGGCUUCCGAGCUCAUGGAGAUCGACGCAAACGAUGCGUCAAACCGUCGCUAACGCAAUGGUUCUCGCAGGACACGUCGUUGCGCCGGUCGCUCCUGCCGUUCAGCAAAAAAGAAAUCGGUCAGGGCCAGUAA